UCACCUUGCUUUUUCUGGUUAAUGGAAAUUUAGAAAUCGCUAUAAUUUGUGAAAUAUUUGAGCAAAUAUUUGGAGGAAUUUGGGCCGAAUUAUUGCACACGCUGGUGACGCCGUGUGUUUGUUGUGAUCAUGGCCGUGAUGAGCUCAAGGUACCAGUGGGUCCUUGUGGCUGGGGCCAUCUGCUGCUUCCUGAACGUCAUGUACUUGGCAUCCAAGUACGGAAUGCUGGAGGGCUUGAUCCCGAAGAACAAAGCGCUCCGUCGAGUCAAUGCCGCCGACGCCAAUGCGCGUGAUGCUACCGCAACGUCAAGGCGAGUGGUGACACCCAGUGAGACGUUGCAUCCCCUCAUCGCGAUGCCCACGUUGACAAACGAUACAAACAUGCAGCGCCAAGUGACUGCUGCCAUGUCCUGGGCAUGGGGUGCCUACCGCAAACAUGCGUUUGGGUUCGAUUCGUUGAACGUGAAGGACAUGGUCAAGGACGGGUUGCCGGGUCACGACAUGGCCAUCUCCCUCGUGGAUUCACUGGACAGUCUGUACAUUAUGGGACUUCAAGACGAAUUCAACGAGGCCGUCGACUGGGCCGAAUCGAACCUGGCCGCGCGGUUCCCUCUGCCGCCCAGAGUGAGCAUCUUUGAAACCACCAUUCGCAACCUCGGAGGCCUCUUGUCCGCGUACACAUUGUGCGGUCGACCAGCGCUGUUGACCCUGGCCGACGACUUGGGAGCGCGUUUGCACCGAGGACUCAACGAGACGGCGCUGCCGCUGUCGCUCGUCAGUCUCGUCGAUGGAUCGACGAGCGACUCCAGUUACGUGGCGGAGUUCACGACUAUUCAGUUGGAGUUCAAGUACUUGGCGCAGUUGACGGGCAAAACGGAGUACCACGAUACAGUUGAACUCCUCAUGGACAAGGUGGCCGAGAUUGUGGCACGUGAUUUCCCCACAGGUGUGCUGCCUGUGAUCGUGGAUAGCCACAAUGGCAAAAUCCAUCGAGGUGUGAUUAAACUUGGGGCGGGCGGGGACAGCUAUUACGAGUACCUGCUCAAACAAUGGCUCUUUUCCGACAAGAAAGCGACCAAGUACAAGGACAUGUACAUCAACGCCGUGAACGGCAUCAUGACCACCCUCGUCGGUCGUACGAAAAAGUCCAACUGGCUCUUUCUCGGCGAACUCGACACCGCCCGCGGGCUCUCGCCCAAGAUGGACCAUUUGGUGUGCUUUGUGCCGGGGAUGCUGGCCUUGGGCUACGUGAACGGCAUGCCGCGGUCGCACUUGACCCUGGCCCAAGAGUUGGUGCACACGUGUUUUCAGAUGUACAACCAAAUGGGGUCGAAAAUGGCGCCUGAAAUCGCCUACUUCAACACCGCAACGACGGCGGACGAUAUCCAAGUGCACCCGCAGGACGCGUUCAAUAUCCUCAGGCCCGAGACAGUCGAAAGCCUCAUGAUUAUGUACCGCGUGACCAAGAACGAGACUUACCGGGCGUGGGGCAAACUCAUUUUCGAUGCCUUUGAACGCAAUGCCCGGCUCGACUCGGGCGGGUACUCGAGCGUGGGCAACGUGGACCAGACAUCUGCGACAAAGUUCUUUCGACCGACGAUGGACAGCUUCUUCAUGGCCGAGACACUCAAGUACUUUUACCUGCUUUUUUCAGACGAAGAAACGAUCCCGCUGUACAAGUACGUGUUCAACACGGAAGCGCACCCGUUCCCAAUCCAACGAGAUCAGCAGCAACCUCAAGCAAGACCCAAUUGAAUGGAUCUAUCGACCGAGCUCUCCUCGAAAUAUAUGCAUCCGUUUAUAAAGAUAAGUUGCAUGUGUAUUCGAAUC